CAGGUGAACGGGCAGUGCACGCCGAACUCUUCAGUGAGCUCUGCACCCAAGACAGAGCUUUUUAACUUUGUGUAUGCGCGUGAUUCAGCUACUUUAGCACAAAACGAAAUGUCAGUUAAAAAGUUCGGGGGAGCUCCUUUUGGCACACAAACAGCGAGGUUUGAUGUCUCUGGAAUCCAUCCUAAGAGUAAAACACCUGGCACUUUCACAGAGUUUCCUUAUGACAAACACUCGACAGAUGAAGUGACCCGUCGCCUUGGUCCUGGAUUGUACAAUGUGUAUCGGGGUGGGUUCAGUGAACAUGCAGUGGAGGAAAGGUCCUCAGGCCCUGGCUGGGCUCGGGCCCAUGAGGUAGAGAAGAUGGCUGCCUUACCACACCUCCUCCACAAGGAACAGUGGGAACUCAAAAGGCUUCUGCAAAGAAAGUUAGGCCCAGGAUCUUAUGACAUUCAGGAUUCCUUCCACUCAACCAAUACAAAACCCGGCAGUUCCAGGGGCAUUUGUCAGACCUUGGCUACCAGGUUUAAGGACUCUGUCAGUAGUAACACACCUGGACCUGGUACAUAUGGUAAAGGGGGAAUUCCCCAAACAGUAAUGGAGGAGAAGUCAAAGCAGUCCUUCAGCACAGUAGGCAUGUUAGACUCUGGGGCUAAACUCAACAGAAACCCGACCUGUGUGGGUUCAGAACUCGCUCCAGGCAGGUACAACUACUCAAGUUUUGUGGAUGAACUGGAAAAAAAAGUGACAAGCAACCGAGGACCCUACGACCUAUUUUCAGGUGACAGGAACAAGCCAAUCACAACAGGACAUUUAGCUGCGCCGGCACUGGCUAAUUUAGGACCUGGUCAGUAUAGCUUAAAGUCAUUCACGGAUGACUGGGGAACACUCCACAAGAAGAAACAUGGGAAAUUUGGAAGCCUGAACAGAUUUCCAGCUAAACCAAGUGAGAGGAUGUUCUGCCAGAGCCUGGCUCAGUGCCCCAGGAAUGCAAGUGAGCCAGGACCAGGGCACUAUGACCAUAAACGCAUCUCUAAGUCAGCUUCCAGUAAUGCUCCAGGCUUCCUCUCCUCUGCCCAGAGAAACGAUCGCAUCUCACAGAAAUUUUUCACUAGGAACUCGAAUCCAGUUGGAGCAGGUCGUUAUGACGUUCAAAGGUUCGAUGAGUGCCAACAUAAGAAUGGUCAUACAAGUGUCUUCAAGUCAAGGACAACCAAACCAAAUGCAGAAAUGGCCAAAUUCCUCAAAGAGAGGAUUCGGGCCAAGGAUGUGCGUGUGGAGGACCGUGUGUUUCUGGUAACCCCAGAACCCCCGACUGCAGCCCUUCAAAGAACCAACACACAGACAGACUGGAUGGCCAGAAAAGCUGCUACUGUCAUGUAAAACUGUCCUGGCUAAAAACCAAGACAAAGCCCAAAAGUCAUGUGCAAAUGUUUUUGUGUUGUUUUUUUUUUUUUCACUGAAGUAUACAGCUGAGAGAAUCCUAUAUCUUUUUGUUGCUCAAAGUUUUUAUUUUAUAUAUUAACGGUUUAGUUACUUUACAUGAACAUGGAAAGAUUUACCGAGACAUGACCUAAUGGCUUAUGGUGAUUUUACAGUUAAUUUAUUUAAGUUUUACACUUACCAUACAAGGCACAGUAGUCUUUCACCAAAGUUACCACCAGUAUUAUGCUUAGUCUGCUAAUCACAAGUUAGUAUUUGUCUGCACAGUGCUUAAUACAGUGGGUAUUAAGAGAUUUGGGGUGAUGAGUUUAGAAGGGAUGGGGAUGAGUUUUUAGCUUUGUUGUGUAUUAUUUUAUGUUUGACAGUUAACAAAGUUUAGAGUAAACUUUUGAAACCUAACAUUAACAAGAAAGGAUACAGCUUGUUGACUUUUUAAAACAGGUUUUGAGUCUUAAAUAUUUUACUUGUACUGUAUAUGGUUGUUGAACAUAUUUUACAUCAUUUCUUCCACAUUUUCCCCUUGCCUUGUUGAUUGUCCGUUUAUAGACACACAAAGGGUUAAUUUCUGUCACAGAAUUUUAUCUCUUAUUCAAAUGACAAAUGUGCCACAAUAUUGUUACAUUUGGCAUGUCCUGAUUCUUUAUAUAUAUAUA